AAAUCUUGGCUGCCUGCAAAAAACACAAAAUAUCAUAUUUUCAAACAGGAACAACAUAUUACAGAGAUUCAUGAGACAUAAAUCAUCAAGAACCAAUACAUUGAUAAACAAAAGCCUCAGAUGUUGCAGUCUCUCUCCCACCACUUUCUCAGUCCCAACAUCCCCGUGGCUCCCUCUCACCUCCACAAUUCCUCUGUUUUCUCAUCCCCUGUUAUCUACUUCCCUUACAGACCCGCAACUCUCCGCCAUGUCUUAGCCCUCCCUCGAGCCAGGCCCGAGACAUGGCUCGCGGAGGUCCCCGAACCCCCCUCCGCUCCUGCACCGCAGGAGGGUCCCAUCGAGCUCCCGCCAUCUACUCCUUCCAUUUUCGCCACCACAGACGACCCUGCUCCUAUUCAAGUCGCCACCAGCGUUCUCCUCACUGGUGCCAUCUCUGUCUUCCUCUUCCGCGCUGUGCGCCGCCGCGCCAGGCGUGCCAAAGAAAUGAAAUUUAGGUCUGAUGGAGUGAAGAAGUCAUUGAAGGACGAGGCAAUGGAUAGCUUGAGAGCAAUGGCGUCAGCUCCUGUUGAAGCUAACUCUCCGCCUUCGCCCGUUCAGGCAUUCUUGGGUGGAGUAGCAGCAGGUGUUAUUGCGCUUAUUCUUUACAAGUUCACUACUACUAUUGAGGCAGCUCUCAAUCGUCAGACAAUUUCAGAUAAUUUAUCGGUCCGCCAGAUAACUCUAACCAUAAGGACUAUUGUUAAUGGUUUGUGCUACCUUGCAACAUUUAUUUUUGGAAUCAACUCUUUCGGUCUAUUCCUUUAUUCUGGUCAGCUUGCCAUCAACUCCUUGAUGGAAGAUUCUACAAAUGAAGAAAAUAAAAGCAAAGGUGAUGAUCAGCAGUUAGGCUCACCAAAUUCAAUGGCUGAGAGUGCUACAGAUAGCCCUGAAGUAAGCAGCAGCAGCAGCAAGGCGGAUCAGAGUCCAAAUGAUGCACAAUAAUGGAAGAGAACUAAAAUCGACGUUGAGGAAUUUGUAUAAAAGAUCUCAUCAAAAUUACACAGGCAUUGUCAUAAUCAUGGUCUUUACUCUUGAUAGCAGUGUAAUCAAUCCUCCUUGCAAUUUGUUGUGUAAGUUUAGUUUCUGGAUUCUCUCUCUCCCUCUCUCCCCCCUCUCUGAUCUGAGAUGCUUUUGUACUAAAAGAGUUGUACAAAAGGGCAAGUUUGGUAAAUUAGAUGUUGUCAACAGAUUGUCAAACUGGUAGGUGUUGGCUUGCAAACAAUGUGGAGAUUCAUUACAAAAGAAUUCCAAAA